AUGGCUUCCCCCAACUGGAGAGUGGUCUCCAGACCCCAGAGACCUGGUCAGUGGCGAAAGAGGAGUGAGACUGUUGUGAGUCCCCUGGACAACCUGGAGGAAAAGGAGGCUCACGAUCAGGCCCCAUGCCAGCUGGCCAUGCUGAGGAAGGCGCAGGAGUUCUUCCAGACCUGCGAUGCAGAGGGCAAGGGCUUCAUUGCCAAGAGGGAUAUGCAGAGGCUCCAUAAGGAGUUGCCACUCAGCCUGGAAGAGCUGGAGGAUGUGUUUGAUGCCCUGGAUGCUGAUGGCAAUGGUUUUCUGACCCCAGAAGAAUUUACCACUGGAUUUAGUCACUUCUUCUUCAGUCAGAGCAACCCAAGUCAAGAAGAUGCAGCUGAGCAGGUGGCCCAGCUCCAGGAAGAGAAGGUGUAUCAGUUUGGAGGGGAAGAGUAUCUAGGUGACAUGGACGAGAAUGAAGAAGCCCAGUUCCAGAUACUGAUGGAAAGACUUGGAGCCCAAAAGGUUUUGGAAGAUGAAAGCGAUGUCAAACAACUCUGGGUGCAGCUGAAGAAAGACGAACCUCAUCUACUGUCCAACUUUGAGGAUUUUCUGACCAGGAUCUUCUCACAGCUCCAAGAAGCCCAUGAGGAGAAGAAUGAAUUAGAAUUCGCUUUGAGAAAGAAAAUUGCUGAUUAUGAUGAAGAAAUCCAGCAUCUUUAUGAGGAGAUGGAACAACAAAUCAAAAGUGAGAAGGAGCAGUUCCUCCUGAAAGACACAGAGAGGUUCCAGGCGCUCAGUGAGGAGCUGCAACAGAAACUGUUAUCUAAGGAGCAGGAACUGGAACAGCUCACCCAGAAGCAGAAAAGGCUGGAAGGCCAGUGUGUGGCCCUGCACAAUGACAAGGAUGAAACCAAAGCUGAGAAUACCAAGCUGAAACUCACCAACCAGGAGCUGGCCCAGGAGCUGGAGCAGACCUCCCGGGAGUUGCAGCGUGCGCAGCAGCAGCUGGACAGUCUGCAGCAGGAGGCCUGCAAACUGCACCAGGAGAAGGAGAUGGAAGUGUACCGUGUGACGGAGAGUCUACAGCGGGAGAAGUCAGGGCUCCUGAAGCAGCUGGAUUUUCUGAGGGAAAGGAACAAGCACCUUCGGGAUGAGCGGGACAUAUCCUUUCAGAAAGACAAGGCAGCCAAGGCAAACACAGCUGCUUCCAAGGCAAGCUGGAAGCAGAGAUCUGGCUCUGUGAUUGGCAAAUAUGUGGACGGCAGAGGGAUUCUUAGAAGCCCAUCAGAAGAGGAAGAAGAUGUGUUUGGCACUCAGAGGAGGAGGAGCUCCCUGGGUUUAAAUGCGUAUCCUCUCACAGAAGAGGAACCAGGAACUGGGCAGCCAGGGGUAGGGGGCCCACCUCUCCGGAUGCUCCGAAGAAUCAUCUCCAUUGAGGAAGACCCCCUGCCCCAUCUCCUGGAUGGUGGCCUUGAGCAGCCACUGAGUAAAUGCCCAGAAGAGGAGGAGGAAGUCUCCGCUCAGGGUGGGAAAGGACAGAUACAGCAGGCCUCCUCCUUGGAACGCACCCCCACAUCUCCUCGAGGGCAGCCUGUUGGAAAAGAAGCCAUGUCUCAGGUGGAAAGCUCACCCUGUACCCCAGACCGGCUCUUCAAGAUUGUGCUUGUGGGAAAUUCCAGCGUGGGGAAGACGUCAUUCCUGAGGAGGUUCUGUGAGGACCGGUUCUCCCCAGGCACAGCAGCUACUGUGGGAAUCGAUUACCGAGUGAAGACGGUGAAGGUAGAUGAUUCCCAGGUGGCACUGCAGCUGUGGGACACGGCUGGACAGGAGAGGUAUCGCUGCAUCACUCAGCAGUUUUUCCGGAAAGCCGAUGGUGUCAUUGUCAUGUACGACCUCACAGCCAAACAGUCCUUUCUAUCCGUCCGGCAGUGGCUGAGCAGCGUGGAGGAAGCUGUGGGAGACCACAUCCCUGUUCUUCUGCUGGGCAAUAAAAUCGACAAUGAGAAGGAACGAGAAGUCCCUCGGGGUCUUGGAGAGCAGCUUGCCAAGGACAACAGUUUGAUCUUCUAUGAAUGCAGUGCCUAUACCGGUCAUAAUGCCAAGGAGUCCCUGUUCCAUUUAGCCAGGAUUCUUAAGGAGCAAGAAGACACAGUCAGAGGAGACACCAUUCAGGUCAGCCGCUCUGCCAAGAAGAAAUCCUGCUGCGGCUGA